CGCCUCUAUGAAGUUAUUGAAACCACUCGGCAUGUCUAUAUGAUCAUGGAAUAUGCCAAGAAUGGUGAAGUGUUUGAACAUUUGCUAAAAGCCGGACGGAUGGCUGAGACGAAGGUUCGGGUUAUUUUUCGUCAACUAUUCUCCGCCGUUGAGUACUGUCAUCAGAAGAAAAUUGUACACAGAGAUCUGAAGGCAGAAAACCUACUCCUCGAUGAGCAUAACAAUUUGAAACUGGCUGAUUUCGGUUUUGCAAAUACAUUCGAUGUGGGAAACACGCUCGACACAUUCUGUGGAAGUCCUCCUUACGCAGCUCCUGAAUUGUUAUGUGGGCAAAAGUAUCACGGUCCAGAAGUGGAUGUUUGGGCUUUAGGAGUCAUUUUGUACAUGCUAGUCUGCGGUCAGCUCCCGUUUGAAGCCUUCACCCUGAAAGAGUUACAUUCCCGUGUAUUGAGCGGUAAAUAUCGUAUUCCAUUCUAUAUGUCCGGUGACUGUGAAGCCAUGCUCAAGAAAAUGCUCGUCCUGAAUCCCACGAAAAGAGCCACAAUGAGAGAGCUCAUGAACGAGAAAUGGAUUAACGUGGGUUUUGAAAACGAUCCGCUCAAACCGUUUGUGGAACCACCGGUGGAUUAUAGUGAUCCCAUUCGACGAGCGCUAAUGAAUGAACUGGGAUUCAAUCCGGAAGACUUGAAGGAUGCGUUUGAAAACAAACGUUUUAACAAUGUGACAGCUACUUAUCUACUCCUUUCCGAUACCGAGACACGGCAUAGACUGACCAGAAAGCUGCAAAACCAGUGUGAGACCGCAAAAAUGAUGCUCCAAACAGCCGUUGUCUCUGACUUAGAGACCGAGUCGUCCGACGACGAUCCGCGAGUGGACAUGGCGCAACGAUCUCACUCUGCACUAGUCUCCAACGUUCCAGGUCAGGCCAAACGAAUCAUGGUACAGGAAUCUCUGUGA